CACAACAGUCGUUUUAUUGAGGUAACGGUAAACUGUAAUGGCGACGACCAUGCCGCACGUGGAUAUUGUUGACGAUAAACCUAUCGUGUGUUUACGCGCUGGUGAAAGCAUCGUUCAGACAAAACCUAUAUUUUCUCAUGAUUCAAAAUGUCUGUUCUGUGGCUCGGGCAAUGCAGUGAAGGUGUACAGCACAGAGAGUGGGGAGUGUGUUCGUGAGUUACAGGCUCACACAGAUCAAGUGACAUGUCUUAUGCUGAAUCCAGCCAACAAACUACAGCUGAUCUCUAGUGGCCUUGACGCCCAGGUAUUCUUCUGGGACUACAUCGAUGGCGUCAUGCUCAAGAGCUACAAAUUUCCACAGCCGUUACAUAGUCUUGUGAGUGUAAAUAUCAGCAAAGGCCAGUUUUCGUUCCAUGUAUUGCAGACCAGUCCAAGAAAGCAGUCUUUAACAGAGGGUCAAGUGUCGCGUACAGAGGAGUGUCAAAGGAUCUUAAAGCCACAAAACAAGGUGUCAUCUUCGAGAGCUGUGCACUUGAUGCCAAGAGUGGCUAUAGGACAUAAGGAUAAUUAUUUUGCUGGAGUAUCAACAAAUAGAAAAGAACUUAUCAUUCACUACAACAAGAAGUGUAUCAAAUACAAGAUGCAGUAUGUUCAGAUCACGUGUGUGUCAGCCCACCCUACAGAACUUGCCCUGGCUACUGGCUGCUCUGAUGGCAAGAUAUAUUACUGGUACAGUUUCACAAAUGAGAAGCAGAUGGUGAAGUCUGUGUACCACUGGCAUUCCCUGGCCGUUCUGGAUCUCACAUUCUCACCUGAAGGCUCCUUGUUGUUGAGUGGCGGCCAUGAGUGCACUCUGGUCAAAUGGCAGUACGAGACACACUACAAGGACUUCAAGCCCAGGCUGGGGUCCCCCAUCACCCACGUGACUUGUGCUCCAGACAACCUCCUGUAUGCUGUGUCACAUCGUGACAAUGGUAUCCAUCUGAUCAGGAACACCCUCGACAUCUGCCAGAUCUACCAGGGGCUCACCAAGACAAGCUUCUCCCACGGAAACCCUGUCGGUCUGCUCUGUGACCCCAGGUCGCGGGCAGUAGUGACCAAUGGGAGGCCAGGACACUUACAGUUCUACUGUGUCCAUAGCGACAGGCAACUCUUUAACCUUGAUAUUGUACGACAAAACUACAUCUCCUCGGAGAAUCUGGAACAGCCUCUGACUGUCACCCAGAUCACAAAGGCGGCGAUAGACGAGCGUGGUGAUUGGUUGGCCACCUAUGAACUGUGGGACGAUGGGGAGAUGUCCCCCGAGAUGCAGCUCAAGUUCUGGCUUUUUGAUCAAGAGAAACAGAGGUACGAGAUGAACACGGUCGUGGACCGACCCCACGAUAAAGCACUGGGCUCCCUGACAUUCCGGCCCUAUAACUCUUCCAUCAGUUCCAUGUUGCCGCUGGUGGUGUCAGGGGGACAUGAUCGCCGCUUCAAACUGUGGACGCUGGUGGACGACACAGAUAUCUAUAGAUCCAACAGCAAGUGGACAUGUGACUCGGUUGGCUUCUACCGAGAGAUGGACACAGGAGCGACGGCCUUCGCUGAAGACGGCUCCCUCCUGGCCGUUGUGUUCGAAUCCACCAUUACACUGUGGGACCCAGAUACUAACGUCCUAAGGACUACUUUCAGUAGCAGCUUUGACAAGAAGAAUAUCAGACAGGUGUUGUUCGGCCGCAAGUCCUGCUGUCACCUCCUCGUGGCCACCACGGCAUGGCAGCUCACCGUGUGGAACCUCCUCACAUGCUCAGUCCAGUGGAGUGUGUCUAUUGGGGCAGUGGUGCUGGUUGAUGACCCGCUGACCAAGUACAUGUCUGUGUUCACACAUAGCGGGGACCUUCAUGUGUUCGAGCCAGCCAAUUCAAAGCCGGUCUUCACUCAGACGCAGGUCUCAAAGAAAGACGUUGUCAGUGCUGUUUUCAUACCUCACAAAGAGGAGAGUCCAUUCAGUGCCAAGGGGAGACUACUAUGGCAGAGACAAUCACAGCUGUACUUCAUGACAAAAGAGCAAGAUCUCCUUACAGUGCAAUAUGAAGUCAGUGAGGACAGCACUGAUGGAUAUAGAAAGAAGACUCCGAUUAAACAGAACCUUCCCCAGUCAGCUCUCAGCCUGCUCAUGUCAAAACACAGGAAGUCUGCCGUGAAGGAUCGGAAACAUGAGCACAUCGACAUGUCUGUGGGCAUGAAGGAGACACAGUUCAUUCAACAGAUGUGCAGCAUGUCUGCUGUGGCUCAGCCUCCACUACCAGACUUAUGCCUGACAUUCCUGGAGACCCGCCUAUCUAAAGGAACCACUGCCAGGGCUGAAGUGAUGGAGGACGAAGAGGAAGAUGACAUCGAUGAUAUUGACAGUGGUCUACAGUUGAACAUUAAGGCUGAUUCAGACUCUGACAUGGAGGUCACCGAAGGGUCAAGGCCACCUUCAGCGAAAAAGGAAAAUGUAUCACAUGCUGACCUGGACACAAAAAAGCUGGAUCGUGCCCUGGGAAAAGAAUAUCGGUGGUUUGAAAGUUUAAUAAAGCCCUGAAGAAUAUGGAUGUGCAGUAUAUGAAGAGAUAAGAGUACAUGUGUGAAUGAAAAUUGAUGAUCUAUCAUGCAUGGGUGACUCUACUGCAGCAGAAAGACUGUACAGCUGCAUCCAUUGUGCAUCUUGUCUUGUCAACCAAGCUUGUAAGAAGCAAACCCGUGAAGAUCCGGGUUAGAAUUGAUCUUCAGUAACCCAUGCUUGUCGUAAGAGAGGACUAAUGAGAUCGGGUGGUCAGGCUCGCUGUCUAGGUUGACACAU